AUGGCCAAAGAUCAGAAGCUGGAGAGCAAGGUAAACUGCAUCAAAGCAGAUACUGCCAGCAAUGGCACGCUCAUGAUAGGCCAGCUUGAACGCAGUGACGACCCCCUCCUAAGGACUUCUCGUUCUUCCCUGCAGGGACUGGAACUGCUCCAGAGGGUAGCGCUCAGAGCAGGGCAUGCCCAUCAGCCCGAGGAAGUCUCGCUGGGACCAGCUGGUGAGGUUAUUCAGACUCGACCACGACGUCCACGUCCAUCACCUGCCUUCCUGGAGGAGCGAACCACCUUCCCUUCUUGGAGCUUCCAUCAGUUAUUAGGAAACAGUGAGCUCGUCAGCGCUCCGUGGGGGUUUUGUGGGAAACCUGUGACGCUUGGAGGCGAAGCGAGAACCCGGGCACACAGCAGCGGCGCUCGCCGCCCCGCUCCCCUCCUCUCCGGGGCUCCUCUGCCCGGCCGGCACGGCGGCGCCCGCGAAGUCACCCGGUCCUCCGCAGCCGCGCUCCGGCCGUCACUCACCUUCCCACGGCCCGGGCC